AUGUUGGCGAAAAAGCUGGUGACUGCACAGAAACGAGGGGAGACAAGAGCCUUGUGUUUGGGACUAGGAAUGGUUGUGUGCUCCAUGAUGAUGUACUUUUUUAUUGGGAUCACCAUUGUGCCAUUCUACACUAAAAGUGUUUGGACAACAGAAACCGUGUGCAAGGUACUCAAAGUCAGCAUCAAGGACCAAGCUCCCUGCCCAAACAGUGACGGCUCAGAAGAUGAGGAUGUUUUUCCCUAUCCCUGCCUACAGGUGCGGGUUAACCUGACAGCCUCAGGACAAGAGGUUAUGCUGUAUGCCACUGAAGAUACACUGGACUUAAAUCCUAAGUGCUCAUACGUCCCAGACAAGUCUGAGAAGGAAGCUAAAGCAAAAAUAGAAAAGAUUGCAAGCAAUUUCAAAAACCACCAGACUGUGUCAUGCUACUACAACCCAGGAGGAAUGCAGACCAAUGUCAUUCACAGCAGACUUUAUCCCCCAAAAGGCCUCCUCUUUGUUUUUCUUUGGCCUACACUCAUGUUUACUGGUGGAUGUCUGAUUAUUUUUCUUGUAAAAAUUAGUCAGUACGUCUCUGUUCUUUCUGCUUGGCAGUAG